ACUUGCAUUGGGUUUUAAACUUAGCUCACAUUAGCUGUUGCGCUGAAAACAACACGAGUUUGUUUGCGUUUAUCAGCGUUGCUUGUGAGGUAAACAAACACUUGAAGUAUGCCGCCUAGAAAACGCUACGCCGGGAUGACAAAAAGCAACAAGGAGCUGAAGCCGAGUGCUGACAGCGCCUCUCCAGACAUUGACAAGAGUCCCGAGUUAUCCGACCAAAAACACAAAGACAAGGAGGCUGAGUUUGUUGCUUUGUGUAAAAGCCUUCAUGUCACAGACUUGGUGUGUGAACACGCCUGGGCGCUGUGGAAAACUGUCCAGGAAUCCAUGGAUGCAGUUAAUGAGAGUCAGAAGAAGCUUUGGGGCGCUUGUCUGUUUGUGACUGUAACAGACACGGAUGCUGGCUGUUUUACCUUGACUCAAGUCCUGAAAGCAAUCAACAUGAAUUUCAAACAGUUUUUAGAUCUGGUGAGACAGCUGGACGUGAACAUGGACACGAUAAGCACCAAAGUGAACGCAGCGUUGACACGACUGGAGAAGAAGUUUGACGUGAUGCUUGCUCUUUACCAGAGGUUUGAGAAAACGUGCAAGAAUAUCUUUGCUUUGACCCCCAAUGGCAAGGAGAGGGAGACCAUGCGGACCUGCUGGACCAUGUUUCUUUUGGCAAAAGGAAGGGCCUUGCAGAUGGAGGAUGACCUGGUCAUAUCGUUCCAGCUGCUGCUUUGCACACUGGAGUUAUUUAUCAAGCGCUGCUGUCCAGACCUUCUGCAGCCUCUUUAUGGUUCCUCCAUCAGCCGGGUUCGGAGCCCGGUGACGCGAACGUCUCGCCGCAGUCAGUGCAAAGCCAAAUCCCGACCUGCAGAACCAGAGGUUGAUGUGCAGCUUCUCGAAACCUUGUGCAAAGAGAACGAAUGCAAUGUUGAAGAGGUAAAGAAUGUCUACCAGACCAGCUUUUUGGCUUUUCUGGACUCUCUAGACCUCUCUAGAGCCCCAGACUUUCCUCAGGUGACGGACGUCAACCAGCAGUAUGAAGAGCACUACCUCAAGAGCAGAGAGAUUGACGGACGGUUGUUUUUUGAUGGAGAUGAGACUGUUCUUGCUUCUACCGCUGAGACAAUACAAGUGGAGCAAACACCAACAAAGAACCAGCAGGAUGAAGAGGAAGUGCCAAUUCCUCCUCAGACUCCAAUCAGAGCCGCCAUGACGUCCAUUCAGCUGCUGAGGGGAGAGCUCCCGUCCAGUGGAGACCAGCCGUCAACUAAACUGACCACGUACUUCCGAAAUUGCACCGUGGACCCGACGCAGGCCGUGCAGAAGCGUCUGGAGAUGCUGGGACAGUUGUUCAGUCAGAAGUUUGGUGAGGCAGUUGGGCCCCGCUGUGUGGCCUACGGUAGACAGAGAUUUGCUCUCGGUGUGAGACUUUAUUAUAAAGUCAUGGAGGCGAUGCUGAAAUCGGAAGAGAAGCGGCUGUCUGUGCAAAAUUUCAGUAAACUCCUCAAUGACGCCACUUUCCACACGUCACUUCUGGCAUGUGCCUUGGAAGUUGUCAUGGCAACAUAUGAAGAGAGCAGCUUUAAAAAUGGAAGGUACAGCAACGGAGGAAGUGACCACGCCGGAACAGACGUGUGUUUCCCCUGGAUACUGAACGUGUUCAACCUGGCCGCCUUCGACUUCUUCAAAGUGAUCGAGAGCUUCAUCAAGGCCGAGCCCACGCUGAGCAAAGACAUCAUCAAACAUCUGGAGACCUGUGAGAACCUCAUCAUGGAGAGGAUUGCUUGGAGGAAGGACUCUCCGCUCUUUGAGCUCCUGAGGCAGGAGCAGGAGCAUGAGAGUGGAGCGGCAGAGCAGGUGGAGACCCCGGCCAGUUUCAGCCAGCCGCUGCAGCACAACCACACCGCUGCUGACCUAUAUCUAUCGCCAGUGAGACCAGGCCAGCGCAUCCUGCCUCUCGAGUCUCCUGUCACACCACCCUCUCAGUCCACCUCUCAGCCUGCCCCCCAGGCUUCUUGUCAGCCCCACACCCAGGUCACCAGUCAAGCUCCACGACAAGCAAAGUCCAACUCUCUCAGCCUCUUCUAUAAAAAAUUGUACCGUCUGGCCUAUACGAGGCUAAAGACCCUCUGCUCCUACCUGUUGUCCUCUCACCCUGAGCUGGAGCCCAUCAUAUGGACUUUGUUCCAGCAUACGCUGCAGCACGAGUAUGAUCUGAUGAGGGACCGUCACCUCGACCAGCUGAUGAUGUCAGCCAUGUACGCCAUAUGCAAAGUAAAGAGUGUCGAUUUGCGUUUCAAGUCCAUUGUUUCAGCUUAUAAGAACAUGGCCAACACCAACCAAGAGACAUUUAAACACGUGUUGAUCACCAAGGACCAGUAUGACUCCAUCAUCGUCUUCUACAACCAAGUGUUCAUGCAGAAAUUAAAAACUAAUAUCCUGCAGUAUGCGUCUACCAGGCCACCUCCACUUUCUCCAAUCCCUCAAAUGCCAUGCAGCCCCUACAAGUUCCCCAACUCCCCUCUGCGUGUACCUGGAAGCAACAACGUGUACAUCUCUCCUAUGAAGAGCCCGCGCAUGUCCCCGGGUAUCAUGACGCCUCGCUCUCGGAUGCUGGUAUCCAUCGGUGAAUCGUUCGGGCUGGCCAACCGCUUCCAGAGGAUCAACCAAAUGGUCAACAGCAGCAAACACGCCCACAAGAGGACUCUGGAUUUCGACCCUGCUCCAAAGCCUUUGAAGAGAUUGCGGUUUGACGUGGACUGGCAGGAUGAAGCCGAUGGCAGCAAACCUGGAGGAGAUUCCACACUGAUACAGAAGCUAACAGAGAUGAGCUCCACUCGGAGUCGCAUGCAGGAGCAGAAGAUAAAGGAAGACACCGAAUCGAGGAAGGAAUAAUUUUAAGCCCUGA